GCGCGCCCCCGGCCCCGCUGCGGCGCGUGACGCGGGCGAGCGGGCGGCAUGGCGGCGGCGGCGGGCCCCGAGCCCAUGCCCAGCUAUGCCCAGCUGGUGCAGCGCGGCUGGGGCAGCGCCGUGGCGGCGGCGCGGGGCUGCAGCGACUGCGGCUGGGGGCUGGCGCGCCGCGGCCUGGCCGAGCACGCGCACCUGGCCCCCCCCGAGCUGCUCCUGGGGGCGCUGGGCGCGCUGGGCUGGACGGCGCUGCGCUCCGCGGCCACCGCGCGCCUCUUUCGGCCCCUGGCACUGCGUUGCCGCCUGGCGCCCAAGGAUGCCGCGAAGCUGCCCGAGAGUGCGUGGAAGUUCCUCUUCUACCUGGGCGCCUGGAGCUACAGCGCCUACCUGCUCUUCGGCACCAACUACACCUUCUUCCACGAUCCGCCCUCCGCCUUCUACGACUGGGCGUCGGGCAUGGCCGUGCCCCGGGACAUUGCAGCCGCCUACCUGCUGCAGGGCAGCUUCUACGGCCACUCCAUCUACGCCACGCUCUACAUGGACACGUGGCGCCGGGACUCGGCGGUCAUGCUGCUGCACCACGUGGUCACGCUGCUGCUCAUCGUCUCCUCCUACGCCUUCCGGUACCACAACGUGGGCAUCCUCGUGCUCUUCCUGCAUGACGUCAGCGACGUGCAGCUGGAGUUCACCAAGCUCAACGUCUACUUCAAGUCCAGGGGCGGCGCUGCCCAGCGGGCUCACGCGCUCUUGGCCGACCUGGGCUGCGUGAGCUUCAGCGUCAGCUGGUUUUGGUUCCGCCUCUACUGGUUCCCACUCAAGGUCCUGUACGCCACGUGCCACUGCAGCCUGCGCUCGGUCCCCGACAUCCCCUUCUAUUUCUUCUUCAAUGCGCUGCUGCUGCUGCUCACGCUCAUGAAUCUCUACUGGUUCCUGUACAUCGUGGCCUUUGCCACCAAGGUGCUGACGGGUCAGAUGAGCGAACUGAAGGACGUGCGGGAGUACGACACGGCUGAUGUUCCGGGUCCUAAGCCCAGCAAAGCAGAGACUCCGCUGAGGAACGGCCUGUUGAAGGACAAACUCUUCUAAACCCGAGCCCGACCCCCCCACGGCCCCCCAAACUCAAGCACGC